AUGAAAGCUCUCACAAUGUCUAAAGAUGUUCUGAUUGUUCAUCUCUCCAAAGCUAUCUCUACUGACCUCUACAACAAAACUAAAGAUGUAAUCAGCAUUGAGGUUUCCAAUCACAAAACAUUGAUCAGAAAGCCCAACUUCAGCAAACUUCUAGUGAUUAUUAUGCCAGAAGUCAGUGUCGAUCCUGAAUCAAUUCCUGCAACCUACUUGAUUGAGAUGUUCUUCCAGAUGGGAUACAUGGGGAUAUUUCAUUACUCUCAAAAUUUAGGAAAUCCUUCUUACCUCCGAUGUGGAAUGGAUUAUUCACCCUUCUAUUCAAAAGCUUGUCAGAAAGGGUUUCAGGUUCUGACAGUGCAAGCCAGUUGUUCUACAACAAGAUCUAUGGGUUAUACCAUGGCAUCAACCUCAACUAUGGGUCUGUUACUUGGGCUCAAUUCGUUCAAAGCACCAGUUCCUCUACACGACACACAUAAAUUUCUUAUCCCUGCUUCUGCUCGAUUAUUGUUAAGAGAUCCCUAA